AUGGAUGUGCGAGCGCGCCUGGACACCUCGUUCGAGGCGUUCCGCGACGAGAUCGACGCUGCGAAUGAGCGCAGGGACAGGAUGCUUAAAGUUGCACGCGACGUGACGGGGUUAUCGAAAAAAGUCAUCUUCCACCUGCACCGAUUUCGUAUCGCAGAUGGCUGGCCAUUUGCCGGCGAAGAACACAACGCGGGUAUUUUACAAGAGGCGCACGGAAAGCUUGAGCAUAUAUAUACUAUUCUGCGCGCGUGUGCGCUGGACGAAGGGCUUGCGGGGCCGUCGGAUAGGCCGAGUGUAUUGAUGCUGCGGAAUGAACGAAAUAUUGGGGGCGCGAUCGAAGAGCUCGUGGAAGCUGUAUCCUUUCUCUAUUUUUUGGAGCACAAUGCACUGAUCCCGCACGGCGUGGUGCAGGAUCCGCUGCGCUCGCCAACAGGCACACUCCUUGUAUACAUUGCACCGAUGCGAUACCUCCUGGGCUUGUCGGAUCUUACAGGCGAGCUGAUGCGGUUUGGGAUCAAUGCUGCGAGCGCACCUGCGGCUCUUUUUAUUCUUGCACAAGUGCUCGGCACGCAGCAGCAGAUCUACUAUGCACUGGAACGACUCGUGCCGUAUUAUCCCGCGGUGGGCAAAAAACAGCAAGUCUCCCUUGCGUCUAUCCACAAAGUACAGGACGCCGCAUACGCAAUACGCAUACGCAGUGCAGAAUACGGGCACGACAAGCACUUGCUCGAGGCAUUUGCACGUCGCGCGGCUGAGCCGCAGACAGAAGAAGGUGCAUGUAGGUGA